AUGAAGAGUUCUUCGACACCAUUCAUUCCCGAUCAAUAUAAGAAUGAUUUAAAUUUUCUGAGGAAGGCCUGUCGAAUGAAUUGUAGUUUGAUAACAAAUAAUGAUUUAAUGCAAAAUGAUAAAGAGUGCUGCUUGAUUACAGCAUCUCAAAAAGGAGGUAAAUUAUUGCAUUGUUGCAAAAUCAAAGAUCUAGAUGUGAUAUUGCAAGCUUUCAAAGUUAAUCCAAAUGAUAUUUCAUUCACAUACGGAUCAAUGUUAAUUAACACUCAAGAAUAUCAGGAAUGGAAGAAACUGCAGGAACAGAAAAAAAUUGCGCCAACCCACAAGACCAAUCAUAAAAAGGAAAUUUUGGAUGAAAAAGAAAUAGUUCUCAAUUCAGUUAAUAAGAACGGAAUGAACUUGAGAAAAUUCCCAUCAUUUGCUUUGGAUAGAGAUGUUGUUCUAGCAGCCAUAAAACAAAAUGGUACCAUAUUCCAAACAAUUGAUGAAAAGUGGAAAGAAGAUUUGGAAAUUGUGAGUACUGCAAUAGAUUCUGAUCCCAUGAAUUUAAAAUUCCUUCCAAAUCAUUUCAAAAGUGACAGAUCAUUAGUGAUGAAAGCAGUAACCAGCAAUGGAUUUGCUCUAAAAUUUGCUGGUUCAUCAUUCCAAAGAGACAAGCAAAUUGUUCUUUCCUCAUUCACAAGUAAUGGAAAAGCUGUAGAAUUUGUACACAAGAGCCUGUGGUUAGAUGAGGAAAUUGUGAGAUGUGCUUCUAGAAAAACUGGAAGAUGUCUAUUUCAUGCAAGUGAAUGCAUUAAAUCCAAUAAGGAACUAGCUCUCCAAAUCAUUCAAAAAUUCCCAGAAGGAUUCACCUACUUGAGUAAUAGUUUGAAAACAGAUAGGGACUUUAUCUUAUCAGCAAUAGAGAAGAACCAUUUAAUUCUCUAUCAAAUCAGCCCCUUAUUGAAACAAGAUAACUCAUUUCUAAUAGAUGCCCUCAAACGAAACUCACUCAUCUUUCCCAAUUUACCUGAGAGUUUCCGAUACGACCCCAAUAUGAUCAUUCUAUCCUGCAAGAAUUCUACUCAACAUCUGACAUCUUUUCUGUAUUACAAACAAUCGCUCAGUCAUAACUUUGACUUUGCAUUACAAUGUACUCAAAUGAAUGGUUCAGCUCUCAAUUGCUUUAGUGAUUUUUCACAUAACGAGUUAAAAUUACUUGCACUUGCUGCAGCUUCAUCUUUCUUUCAUCAGAAACACCCAAAUUUUAAAUUGCUUCUUCGUGAUGAUUAG